GCUAAAUAUACCGCAAACCUCAUAGGAGUCGGUUUACCUGUCAGUCAGAGCUUCCACCGAAUUUUUUUUUUCACUGUAAACCUUCCGCCCCUCUGUGAACUUGUCUCUCCGUUGAACCACCUGUCCUCUACGAUACCUUUGAUGCGAUCCAAAUAGCCGCCAAGACAUUCCUUACCCCGUACAAAGCCAUAUCCGCUGUUUCCUGGUCACUCCACAUUAAGCAACCCCUUUAAAUCACAUUUUUGAUCCCUUGUCACCCAGGCCCCCACGAUCCUUCCAUCUCAGCAUGAGUAAGUACAAGCACAAACGUGACGAUUCGACCACUUCAACGUUUCCAGACGAAUUGCUGGUGAGACGAUCGCCAGUAGACACGACUCCCCAAGAGACCGAUGAAUCCUUCUUUGCGCACCAGAACACAGUGCAACGCAACGCCUCUUUAGAUGGCUUGUUCGAUUAUGAUGACUCCAGCGCGUAUCCCGCGGAACCCGCAACCUCCUGGUGGCUGGGCUUCGUGCACUUUGUCGUCAGCAUCCCGCAGCUUGUGCGCGAGCCGGACUUUUACAUUCCGGCAAUGCUCAUCUUGGGCUGGUACGUAUUCUCGCUCGCAAUCUCCAUCUACAACAAGUGGAUGUUUGGCCCGCACCUCAACUUCCACUUCCCAGUCCUCAUCACGGCCUUCCACCAGCUCAUCUUGUUUGGCAUAAGCUUCGUUUGUCUUGCGUUGUUCCCGGGUUUGGUGCCAAAGUCGCAGACCCAGUACACUGAGCUUGGUGCACAGUCGUUUCUCCGCAAACUAUACAUGUCACCGGCCUAUUACGUCACCCAGAUCGCUCCCUGCUGCCUUGCCUCUGCGGGCGACAUCGGGUUCAGCAACGCCUCCUUCCGCUACGUAACCCUCACCUUGUACACCAUGCUCAAGACUUCGUCCUUGGCAUUUGUAUUGCUUUUCGGGUUGUUGUUCAAGUUGGAAAAAUUCAACUGGCGCUUGAUAGUUAUCGUGCUCGUAAUGACAGGCUCCGUGAUGAUGAUGGUGGCAGGCACGAGCCAUGAGACCUCCCCCUCCACCGUGGCCAAACGUACGGCCUCCGGCCAAAACUCGCCGCUAGGGGUGGCCCUCGUACUCAGUGCCGCGGUGAUGCUGGGUGUCCGCUGGUCCUUCACCCAGAUCUUGCUCAAGCGUAACGCCUACACGUCAAAUCCGAUUCUGACAAUCUUCUACCUUCUGCCGGGAAUGGCGUUUGUGCUUGCCUGCUUCGGUCUCGGGCUCGAGGGAUGGUCCAAGUUUGUGACUGCCUCGAUCUGGGCCGAAAAGGGCAUCCCGAUGACCCUUGGGUUGAUGGUAAUCCCUGGGGUGCUUGCAUUUUCCAUGACGGUGUGCGAGUUUCAGUUGUUGCACCGCACCCGCGUGGUCACGUUGAGCGUCGCGGGAAUCUUCAAGGAGUUGUUGACGAUUGUGGUCUCCACCGCAGUGUUCGGCGACGAGUUGAACUUUGUCAACGUUGUGGGUUUGGUGAUCACAUUGGGCGAUAUCUGCUGGUACAACUACUAUCGGUUCAGCGAGAAUACCGCAGAAAAACAGACUGAUGCCGAGGAUCUGUUUGAGCAUAUCGAAGACGAAGACUUUGAGCUAAACAGUUUUUAGAGGUAACGUAUAAAAUGCAUAAGGAUAUAGGGAGUGUUGUUUAUAACCGUAACUUCGAGACUGAUGUGGAUCAGCUGUCGAGGUUUCAUUAAAGCGAGAUGAAUUCGUUGUUAGGGAUUAGAGUCUGGUAUCCCACCUAAGGUGGCUCGGUAAAUGAAUGAUGCCUUUCCACGAUUAGAACAAAAUUGUGUAAUAGUCGUUCCUAUUAAGGGACGUAGUACCUUGAAAAAUAUCCAUCAAAAUUUU